UCCAUCAGCUUUUCCCACGGCCUCUGCAGCAUCAGUUAGGACUUCUUCCCUGCCGGCGUCUAGCGGUUACCAUGGAAACACCUACACUUUAAAUACUUAUGAAGCUGACGGUCCAGCCCAGAGCGUCGCCUCGCUGCCAGAUCGCUGCCCUGCAGGCUUCAGCUAAAGACCUAAAAUCAGCAGAGAUUACACCUGAACUGGGAUUAGCUGCUGCAGACCGACCAAAGCCGAGCUGCGGCGCAGAGAACGUUCAGCCAUGGAGGGCGACUGUCUGAGCUGUAUGAAAUACCUCAUGUUCAUCUUCAACUUCUUCAUCUUUCUGGGUGGCUCCUUCCUGCUGAGUAUUGGGGUCUGGGUGUUGGUGGACCCAAUGGGCUUCAGGGAGAUUGUGGCUGUUAACCCUGUGCUGUUCACCGGGGUCUACAUCAUCCUGGCCAUGGGGGGCAUGCUGUUCCUGCUGGGCUUCCUGGGCUGCUGUGGAGCCAUCCGAGAGAACAGAUGUCUGCUGCUGUUUUUCUUCAUGUUCAUCCUGCUUAUCUUCCUGGUGGAACUGGCAGCUGCUAUCCUGGCGUUUCUCUUCAGGGAACAGUUAACCAGAGAAUACUUCAGCAGGGAGCUGAAACGUCAUUAUCAAGGCCGUAACAACACCGACGUCUUUACAUCAACAUGGAACGUCGUCAUGACAACGUUCGACUGCUGUGGUAUCAGCGGCUCUGAAGACUUCGAAGAGAGCCUCUUCAGGCUCCUUAAUCCCAACAAAAUGGUUCCUGAGGCCUGCUGCCAGGUGACCGGGUACCUCGGAGAGGCUGGCGUGGAGCAGUGCGUCAGCGGCAGCGUGGCGUUUCGCCACAACAAGGGCUGCUACUCAGCGAUGGUUGAAUACUUUGAGACGUACAUCUACUCUGCAGGAGCUCUGGUCAUCGUGGUGCUGACGGUCGAACUCUUUGCCAUGGUGUUUGCCAUGUGUUUAUUCAGAGGCAUCCAGUGACUUCCUCUUCAUCCUCCUCCUCCUUCUCCUCAGCAGCAGCUGUCAGGAGGAGAGCAAAAUGUCUUUCUGUGUCGAGG